UCGACAGUCUUCGUCGGUGAAUCGAAAUGCGAAGUAGUUUGGUAGCAGUUGGUUGUCUUGUUCCAUCGUUUCUGCUAUCCCAUUGAUGGAUAACUGUUAUUCUUGUUUGGGACUUCGAGACCAUAGUAUUUCAGUUUAAAAGUGUUUUUUUUCUGCAUUUGGCUCGAGCUUGUUCUUCACGACCAAUCGCGCAUUUUUCCCAUUACUAAUUAUUUGUUCGGAACCCCCUUUCAUCGGUCCUGCUGUCGUUAACGAGAGUUGGUUGAUUGUGCGCAAGCAAAAUAGUGGUAUACGAAGCUUACAUGCUGAAGCGAGAUGCCAUUAGUUGAAACGUGAGGAAGAGUGCAAAACGGGAGAAAGUGCUGCCUAUGCGCUGGCUGGGUGUGUGGGAAGAAAUUAGCUAUUUUAACAAAAAUAUUCGAGCGAUUUCGUAUGGAGUUGAUGGUUUCCGGAUUGUAGGAAAGCCUUGGUGUACCGCAGCUGUAAACAAAUUGGAUUUGAACCCGUGACCGUCCUUCAGCGGAUACGGUACUUCGCUGAUCGUUGCAGUUUUUCUGUGUAUGCGUUGAAGUGAAACUAGCUAUCUGUGGUUGCGAUCAGAAUACGUCACCUGCGCUGCAGUGUUUAACAUAGGUUUCACUAAAAAGUGCUUCGUGGAAGACAAACAUUGAAUAUUUGAUAGUGAAUUUGCAGUGAUUCGUGGAAUUAUUCGUUUUCCGAAGAUGCACCCACACACCUUCACGCGAGGGAACUACUAUAGCCACAUUCGGUGCUGAAGUUCGUUAUUUUUGCAUCAGACGUGGUGCCUGACGGUCGGGCGAAACUGUAUGUGUGCACCAUGGCCGCGGCAGACGAGUGAGAAUCGAUUAAAGUGCGCUGGUUUUCAUCGACCAGUGGUAACCGCUCCGGUCGACGAAAUUUGCUAGUAGUUGUGCCGUUGCCGUUGGACGUCGCGUACGUGGAUGUGUGUUCGUGCAUAAAAUUCGUUUCAUUGAUUGACAUCAUCGUGGUAUUGCUGUUAUUAUUGUUGCUUCAAUUGAUUGGAUAAAAACGAGAUCAUACCCGGAUCGUCUGUGUUAUUUAUUUUGCAUAAUCCUGAUUGUUUAGAGGAAUCCAUUGUUUUGUUGUGGUUUUUAGUGGCAGAAUUGAUUGAUGCCUUCAGCAACAGUGUUGUAUUGGCUGGAAAAGCGACGGAAACAGGAGUGUUUUAGUUGAAGUUUUAAACCGUGGAGAGUUUGUUGAUACUGAAGAAACAUCGGUGGUCAAAUGUACUAUCGUCUAUCGAACAGUUUAUUUGUUUAAAGAUAGAAACAACGUUCAUCGCAACCCACUUGAUACUUAGUUUCAUGUUUUGCAAACACUAGUUUGAUUAUAGGAUAAAGCCAGCCCCUGUUGAAGGGGUACCACCAACUGCAACCGAUUCAUCAUGGGGAAACUAUUGUCCAAAAUCUUCGGCAAUAAGGAGAUGAGAAUACUGAUGCUCGGGCUGGAUGCUGCAGGGAAAACCACUAUUCUAUAUAAGUUAAAAUUAGGUCAAUCGGUAACGACAAUUCCAACAGUCGGUUUCAAUGUGGAAACCGUAACGUAUAAAAAUGUUAAAUUCAACGUGUGGGACGUUGGUGGACAGGACAAAAUUAGGCCACUGUGGAGGCACUAUUACACAGGCACACAAGGACUCAUAUUUGUAGUGGAUUGUGCAGACCGUGACCGGAUAGACGAAGCGCGGCAAGAACUGCAUAGGAUAAUAAAUGACCGGGAGAUGCGGGACGCCAUCAUACUGAUAUUUGCCAACAAGCAAGAUCUACCAGAAGCAAUGAAGCCCCACGAGAUCCAGGAGAAGCUCGGUCUGACGCGGAUACGCGACCGCAACUGGUACGUGCAGCCGUCGUGUGCAACAACCGGUGACGGUCUGUACGAGGGUCUAACGUGGCUCACAUCCAAUCACAAAUUAUGAGAGUAGAUGGUGGAACAACAACCAGCAACCAAUUUGUGAGAACAACAGUCAGAUAGCGAAUUCUGUGUGCGUGUCAGCGAACGGUCGUCACAAGGAAUGCAGUAGCGGCUGGCGGGGCGUGAUCGAGUGCACGUGUUAUGUUGCCAACCCAAUUCCUAUAUUCCUAUGAUACAUCAUAAGCAGCAACUAUCCCUUAUUAUCCCUAAAAGGCUUCCCCUUCCGAUCUUCAAUUGUUCUGCCCUCGUGAACUUCUGCUAUUAUGAGUAUACUAGUGUUUCGAUUUAUCGGUUUUACCAUUCUAUUUACAUAUAAUAAAAGGAAAGUACAUUUCUGAUACUCUCUCGAAUAGCCAGAGAGGAAAGAAAUUGCGUCAAUGUGAUCGAGUAAACAAGCAAAAAUUGUAAGCAUAGUUCGUUUAGUUCAUCAAACGAUAGCCGUUCUACUGUAUCUGAAUAGUCCUUAAAAUCCAGGAAAGUUGACCAGAAGAUUCAUGAUAGUACGAAUAUAGUAAACAUGUUCACUCCACUAAUCGAAUUAACCAAUCCGAACGAAUAACGUCAGGGGUGCAAACACGUUUUUUUCGUGCUUAUUCCAAUCUUCCUAUAUAAUGAAACAUCAUUAUAUAGCUUAACGUUAAAAUUAAAGAUAAAAACAAAAAAAAAAACAAAGAAACAGCUUUAGUGGAGAGCACAUCGAUCGAACUCAAAUUAACUGCAAAGAGAAUGUCAACAUCAGAGAAAUUACGCUAUUAGGCUUUCAACUUUUGAAUGCUCCUGCCAAGCAAAACAAAACAACAGACGGUGACGGUUUUGGAUCAAUCAUAAGAAAAGUCGUCUAUAACACAAACUGUAACACUCUUAGUAGACAAACGGGGGAGAAUCUUUUAUUUGUAUAUAUAACAUUGGAUUACUACCAUAACAACAACAACAACAAUGCUUGGGAAAUUAUUCAUAAAAUAGCGAAAUAAUCGAUUCCUAAUUCGAAAAGAUCGUAGUAAAUAUACAAAUAAAACGAACAACAUCCAAGGAUUCUUUGUAAAUAUUAUAUAAUGGUAAAACAUACAAAACAAAAUCAUACGCUAAAUUCUGAAGCUACAUAAAAUAGUAAACAAGUAGGUAAAAUAUCAAUGAAACAACACAAAUUCUUGUUCAAUAGACGAAAAGCUAAGUUCGACUUGUAAAAACAACACACACACACAGUAAAAGUAACAGUAACAAUAGACAGAAAGCCUCACAUCCACUUUCCCGAAGCAUUCGAUUGAAAAUGCGAAGUAAACAUGAAUGUGUAGCAAACGAAAAAGCAGGAGAUGAUGAAACACGAGAAAUUGCAAGUAAUUUGCAAAAAGAGAAAAAAAAAACAAAAAUCAAGCGAAACGCGUAAGGUGCGAGCCAAAACAAAAACGUGUGAAUGUGUUUUUUUUGUGAUUGUGUGGUUGUACGUGCACGACUGAAUCUGCGUGUGGGAUGGAGAUUGAGUUUGCAUUAGGGUAGUUUGCGUUAAUUUUAAUAGCAUUGAUAGAAAAAAAAACAGUAACUAUCUUUUACCGCCUUAUUUAUGUUUAAAUCGAUUGCCUCAACAUUUUAAGAUAAGAUUUUGUUUUUCGGUUUGGAUCGUCCGCACGCUUGUCAUCAACCCAUGCAAAUUUAUGUUUAUUUGCUAUUUAAUGUGCGCGCAAGAGUAAGUUGAAUUAAUUUCCUUGUCACUGUCGUGUACUAGUUGUUUAUAUUAUUUCUAAUAACUGCGUAAGAGAAUGAUAGACCGACCGAGAGAAGGAAAAGUAACAAAACUGUUUUCAAAAAAAGAAAAAAAGACGCGUCCGAACUAGUUGAAGAAAUCACAAAUACAAGGUGAAACAAAUUGAUGGAAAAUAAGCGUAUAGUGCUACUCCGAAUUUGAAUAGAAAGCAGCAAACGGGAUGCAAAUGUGAAAACACGGUAAAGAAUAUAUUAUUAGAAAUGUAUUUUAGCAUUUAUAGUGAGCAGAGAAAACAAGUGGAAGCAUUAAAUAAAAACUGAAAUCUACAUCUCAA